AUGGAGCCCAUCCUGCUCAGAUAUGCCACUCAACAUGGAUUCCCUUGUCGCUUUAGCACUCGACUGACCCGAUUUGACACUUCUGCACCAGACUCCGUCCUUGCAGAAAUCGAAGAUCGGAUCUACGGCACGACUCAGAAAGUCAGAUGCAAGUAUCUUUACGGAGCAGAUGGUGCCAAAAGCAUCGUCGUCAAACAGCUUGGAUUACCAAUGUCUAUCAAACCGAGCCAAGGGAUUGCGCUGAAUGUUUUGAUUCGAGCUGAUCUAUCGGACAUAAUGAAGUCGCGAACUGGGAAUCUUCACUACAUCAUCCAACCGGAUGCGGAGCAGCAGGACUUUGCCGCGUGGUCAAUCAUGAGAAUGGUAAAGCCGUGGUACGAAUGGCUAGUGAUAAUGAUGUACAAGCCAACAUGUCCGGCCGAUUUCAUGCCUGAGAAAAAGCAGGUUGAGGAUCAGGUCAAGGCCGUAAUAGGUGACGGGUCAACAACAGUCGACAUCCUCCGCAUAGACAAGUGGAUCAUCAACGAGACUGUAGCAGAGUGCUACAGUAAAGGCCAGGUAUUUUGCCUGGGUGACGCGGUACAUAGACACCCCCCAAUGAAUGGGCUCGGAUCGAACACCUGCAUCCAAGAUGCUGCCAACCUCGCAUGGAAAGUGGCCCUGGUCGAGAAGGGACUUGCGGGGAGAUCCCUGCUGGACAGCUAUACUGCCGAGCGGGCACCAGUAGGAGCUGGAGUGGUUCGCCGGGCAAAUUCUUCUCUGAGAGAACAUAUACCUAUCUUUGAAGCUCUUGGCUUUCUCAGCCCCUCUUUGCAGGAACGGAAGCAACAAUUGGCCAUCCUGGAUGAAGUAUCCGAGCGUGGUCGAGUUCGCCGUCAGCAACUCAUCGACUCGAUUGAUUAUACGUGUCACGAGUUCCUGGCGCAAGGAUCCGAUAUGGGACAGCGAUAUGACUCGUCGGCGAUCUUUCUCGACGACGCAGGAGAGCCUCCGAAGCCACCUGCAGAUCCCGUCUUAUAUUACGAGCCCCAUACAUACCCAGGGUUAAGACUACCACAUGCCUGGCUGAACACGAGCAUUCCACAGAAGCCGUUGUCCACAUUAGAUCUGAGCGGCAAAGGCCGAUUCACUCUCUUUACUGGCCAUGGAGGAGACAUGUGGCUGGACGCUGCUGCCAAAGUCAAAGAAGACCUAGGCGUAGAGGUGGCGGUAUUUGCGGUCGGCUUUGGUCUGGAGUAUGAAGCCGUCUAUAAUGACUGGUAUCAUCGCCGUGAAGUCAACGAAGACGGCUGUGUCUUGGUUCGUCCCGACAAUUUCGUGGCGUGGAGAAGCAGGAGUCUGGCCGAGGACUGCCCGGCGACGUUGCUCAGCGUGAUGAGGAAGAUUUUGUGCCUUUAA